AUGUCCAACUUAUCACUGGCAAGUCACAAACGGAUACUCACGCGGUAUACUAACCAAUUGCAAAAAGUUCUAACCCGAUUCAAAGAUGCGCAGUUAGAAGAAAUCAGCGUUCAAAACCUGCAAGAUGAGAUAACGCCCACCGUUAUUCAAACAAGCCUACAGCAGUUAGAGGAAGCAGUGGCAGCGUUAGAAAACAUGACCACAAAGAUUCAACACGCACUAGAUGAACUCGCUACCAUGUUCGAAAAAUUACACCCAACGUCACCGAAUAUUGAAGAAGAGUUCACACAGUACUCAACUACUGCUGAAGAAGCCAUUGGCAAUACUUUUGAAUACCUUGUACUCCUUCAUGCUCGGAUCCAUGGCUUCAAGGCUCAUGCUGAGCUUUUCAACACAUCCCACAAACACUCCACUACGAAUAGGAGUAAAGAUGAAUCCACCGUCACCGCGGUCGUGAAAAAUCUGGAGCUACCCACAAUCCCAAUCCCAACAUUCAAUGGCGACAUCUGGGACUGGGAUAACUUUUGA